AUGACGGCAUUGUCUUGGCUCCGGAUUCCCAAGGAGUCUCCCUUCUCCCUGGCCAAUAUCCCCUUUGGAAUCAUUUCUACCGCGGCCUCAUCUACCCCUCAUCCAGCAAUUGCCAUUGGCGACUAUGCCCUGGACCUCUUCGUCUUCGCCUCGGGAGGCGGGUUUGCCCGAUUGCACUCGUUCAACCACCUUGAUGUUUUCUCCCAGCCAACGUUGAACGGCUUUGCAGCCCUUGGGAGACCGGUUCAUCGCCAGGUGCGAGAAUACCUGCAGGCUAUUUUCAGAGAAGAUACCCCUUACCCUGAACUACUCAAAUCAAACGAAGCCCUCAGAAGCUCUGCCUUGAUCCCCCGAAGAGACGUUACGAAUCAUCUCCCCCUCAGCAUUGGCGAUUACACAGACUUCUACGCCGGUCUCAACCACGCUUACAAUGUGGGCGUUCUGUUCCGUGGGCCCGACAAUGCCCUCCAGCCCAACUACAAGCACCUGCCAGUCGGAUAUCACGGCCGCGCAUCAUCAGUGAUCGUCUCGGGCCAGCCCGUGCGCCGGCCGAACGGCCAGAUCCUUGCCAACCCCGCAGCCAACCCCAAGGAACCCACCUUCUCCCCCUGCAGGAGACUGGACAUGGAGCUUGAACUGGCCGUGUUUGUCGCCAGAGGCAACAAAUUGGGCGAGCCAAUCCCUGUCGACCAGGCCGAGGACUGCCUGUUUGGCGUCGUGUUGAUGAACGAUUGGUCAGCCCGCGACAUCCAGGCGUGGGAAUACGUGCCGCUGGGUCCGUUCAAUGCGAAGAACUUCGCAACCACCAUCACGCCCUGGGUUGUGUUGAUGGAUGCCCUGGAGCCUUUCCGGACUACGGGGCUGAACCCAGAAAGGCCGCUGCUCCCGUACCUCCAGGAGAAGAAGGCGGAGAAUGUCUAUGAUAUACCCUUGGAGGUGACUCUUGUCGUCAACGGCAAGCACACGAAGAUUGCAGAGUCGAACUCGAAGAACCUGCUUUUCUCUUUCCCACAGAUGCUGGCUCACCACUCGAUUACGGGUUGCAACAUGAGAACCGGCGACCUAUUGGGUAGCGGGACGAUCUCCGGCGAGAAGCCCGGGACGCUGGGCAGCUUGUUGGAGAGCACCAAUGGUGGGAAGAAUCCGAUUACGCUGGCUGAUGGGACGGAGCGGGUUUUCUUGCAGGAUGGGGAUGAGGUUAUUCUGCGGGGCGCUGCGGGUAAAGAGGGAAGUUAUGUUGGCUUCGGUGACUGUUCUGCUGUCAUUUUGCCAGCGCCUAGGCUCUAG